UGAUUACACACAUGUAGCACUGAAAAUCCUGUUAGUCAGAUAUUAAUCAAGUUUCGGAAUUAAGUCACAAAUUUAAAUAAAAUGUGCCAAAAUUCGAUACCUUUUUAGUGAUUAACUGAUAUCGGUUUUGAAAAAUGGAGAUACAGCCAAUUAAAAUUGCACUAGAUGAAGAAAUGGCUGAUUUUUUUAAGCAACCACCUGGAGAGGAUGGCAGUACCGAGGCCUAUGACCUUCAUAUGGGAAUCUUGGAAUUGAGUGUUAGUCUUGGUAACUUUACUCACGAUGUGGAAAAGUCUGUACAUUUCAUAGCCGAAAGCAAUACGCCCUUGAACAGUUCCUUUGAGCUGGUAUUCCUCAAUGAUUUUCGAAUGCAAUUCGAACGGUUGCAACAAGGAAAGGAUCCUGAGGAAAGAACUCUUCACGAGACUCGGGGGGACUUGUUUAUGCGUCUCUAUAAGGAACUGGUGGACAUAGAGCCGGAUGAGAUAAAGCGAUGCGAGUACCUAAAACUGUUCCAUGAUCUAUUUGAUUCCGUUCAACCAAAACUAAACGGACUUCAAGAGCCGUUUACUUAUCGCAUGGAACUCAUCGAUCGUAUGCAUGGCCAGGUUCAAAGCAUACUGGAACGACUUAGUCGAACUCCAGUUGCCAAAGAAACAUCCUCUGACUCCGGAAUGAAUAUUUAUUUGGAAUCGAAAACGUUCGGAAAUGAAAUAAACACAAAAAGCUUACCGAUGAUUGUGGGCUUGAAUAAGGAAAUAUGUUAUCAAGACAAAAAACUCGAGUUGCGCAAAGUGCAUAAUGAAAUAUUACAUGUGGAAGGUUAUAGUUUAAUUGAAAGUUAUACUGAAAUAAUUUCCUGCCCUUUAAUGGGCAUCAGAAUUGAUGACGGAUUUACUGUGGUUACUUAUGAAAAAGAAAGAUCUGAACCAAAAGAUACGUCCCCCAAACCGAAAACUUCCAAAAAUGAUUUGAAAAUGGAAAUGAUCUCACCAAAUUUUCAUGAAAACAAUAUUUCUAUUUCUUCAGAAAAUUUGGUUAACAUUUCUUUUAUCGAUAAGGUUCUUCUAGCUGUUUAUGAUUAUAUUGACUGUGAAGAAAGUGUCUGCUACAUGGAACCAGUGGGAAAUUCUAUUCGCAAUUUGGAUGGCUGCUAUGACAAUAAUUUUGUACUCGUUUCUUCAGUUGCUAGUAAUGAAAAAGGCUUAAAGAGCGCUAAUGAACAUGUAGUUUAUACAAAGGAGGGCCUUUAUAAUGGCACAGGUGAAAUGAAUGAUGCAUUACCCAACAAAAUAGAGGUAUCUAAAAGUUGUUUAGCUAAAGAAGUAAUAUUUCCAUUUACCUUUGAAAAAGAUCGAAUUGGUCAUAAAAACUUCCCAUUUUCUAUGAGUUGUGUAGAUAAACAUGGUGCAUCAUACAGUGUGGAAAAGGAAAUUUCUGGAAACGCAACGUUUACUGAUGAUCCGAAUAAAAAAAAAGAUUAUUAUUGUGAUACUUCAAAUUCGGAAUUCAAGUUGUAUGAUUCUAGUAGAGCUCAACCUCUUCCUUAUAAUGGUACUGCUACAUGUUCAAUAAAACGUUUAUAUAAAGGAGCAUGUAAAAUUCCUAUAGCAGUUCAUUCUUGUAAGUCUCCCCUAGCUGCUCUCAAAAAUAGUGCUGGUAAAUUAUCCGAAAACAAAUUUGAUAAAUAUACUCAAAGCAAUCUUGAAAAAAUGAAGGAUUUAUUUGUAGAUUAUAAAAAUAAACUGGAGGAAAUAAACGAAGUAGUUGAAAAACAAUUGCCGGCUAUAGAAAUUAAAUGUCUAGCAUUUUCUGAAUCUGAAGAAAUUGAUGCCGACGAUAAAAGCCUCUUACAGAAAAAUAAUUUAAAAUCGCCAACUGUAUUGUCAAAGCCGGAGGAUGAAAGUUUGAAUCAACUAAGGCAAGCAGUGAGUAAUAUUAAAAUAAAUAUCUUGAAAGAAGUGGACAAGUCCCUGGAACUGACCCUUAAAAAUUCUUCUCACAUACUAUCGAAAAAACCGUCUAAGGAAUCAACUAAGAACGAGACAAAAAACUACGGUCGAAAUUCCAGAUUUACAGACGGGCUUCGAAUGCAAUUUCCAAGAGCACUUUCCCAUAAUAUUGGUAGACCCAAGGAUUCGGUCAACAUAAUACCCCAAAACCAAUCGUUUAAGUCCCAUUACAAGCCAGUGAGUCCAAAGAAGGCUACAUCAAAUCUAUGUCCGAGAAAAAAACUUGAUAAGCCCUUGCCAAAAUUGUAUGAAAAUAAUCAAAAAACUGUAUUACGCAAAGACAACAUUACUUUACCUCCACGUAACAAUGAUAACUGUCAGGACAGCCCUUUAGUUAAGAAUGCAAUGAGUUUAAAGACAACACCAGUAAAAUCUGAACAAUAUUUAGCUAGGGGGUGUGGUGAUGUAAACAUUAAACCGAAAUUAAGUGAAAUUACGCAGUCGGCUGAAGAAUUUGAACAGAACGUUAUAAAAGUGGAAGCUUCAAACUGCUUGCAGGUAAAAAGCAGCAAAAAUAGGGAUAUUGCAGAUCUAAUUGCAGACCCGAAAGAUUUAAGUUUAUCAACUCAUAAUUCAAACAUAUAUAUUUGUGAAGAGUGUUGUGAUCAGGAUGAAUUGGAAACGAUUUCACCGAUUUUUAGUCAAGUAAAUCAAACGGUUAGAGAUGGUAGGCUAAACGUUCUAAAUGAAAAGGAUAAUGUUUACAUGUUUAAGGAUACAAACAGCAGACAAAAGAUCUGUGCAGAUGGGAUUGAACAUUUGGAAGAAUUAAGUUCAUCUUCAUGUAAAUUUAGAAUUGAUCUAUGUACGGAAGGAUGCGAUUUAAGAAAUAACCCAGAGAAAUUAAAUGAAUUCGGUUACGGGGAAAAUAUUUCACCAACAUUGAGUCAAAUUACCCAAACGAGUAAUCUUGUUAGGCAGCAAGUAUUAAAUAAGAUGGACAAGUUUUUGUCCGAUAUUUCCGGGAUAAAUAUUCCUAUAAAAGAUGAAGAAGAUUCCCUCAUGUUAGUUGAGAGGCGUAGUGGAGGUUCGAAAGAACACUCAUGUAAUUUAAGCAUUAAUAUCUUGGAGGGAUUCUCUGAUAUAAGUCAAAGGUUAACUUCAGGUCACCAACCCGAUGAUCAAGACAAACUUUCACCGAUACUAGGUCAAAUUACGAAAACAGUUAGUGAUGUCAAGAUCAACAUUUUGAAUGAAGUUGAUAAAUCUUUGUCGCAAUUAACCUUAAGAAGUGUUUCUGCCGUCUUACAGAAUCGAAAAUCGAAUGAAUAUUUGAGUAAGCUGCAAAAAAGCCAGGUAUUAAAUUAUACAACAGAUGACAGUACUUUGUUUGAUUUGUCUGAGGAAAGUGUGGUUAAGGUAAAUCCUUUAGGAAAUGUUGAAACAUUUAUAUCUGAAUGGACUUUAAACCAUCCUUCUAAUGCUAUACUUGGAAAACAGCGCUCGAGAAAUGUAAGACACAAGUGGGAAACUUCAGAAUUAUGCGAAUGCUCUGAUACCGAGCUGUCAAGUAAGAACAGUAAUCAAAUUCUUUAUUUAUGUAAGAAUUGUAAUGUGAAGGUAAACUACUCAAAGGAGGAGGAUAAAUACAUUGCUGAAGGUUUUAGUAUAAAUAAAAGAAAAUGCAAAGUGACUGAGAGGAAUGAUUUGAUUACUUUAAAGGCUACUUCUGUAGAGUUCAGUAGAAAACCUAGACCCAAAUGGCAGCAUCAACGUUAUGUUAUUGCCGCCCCUCGCGUUAUAGUUAAGUCCUUUAAGUCGAACCCCGCAUAUGAAUGGCCCCCUGAAGACCCAAAUGGUCCCGAUUUAUACGAGCAACUGGAUCAAUUCAUUGAGAUCACGGGCCAAAAAAAAUACUGCGCAGAUGGUGAUAUAGUUACCGCAUCGAUACAACAUCGGUUAAGUCAGGUUUUAAAACGUAUCAUAAGUAGAGCGCCUGAGGAUAUGAACUUCCCCGAUUUGAUGACUAUUGUGGGAAAAGGUAAGUUGGAACAGUUGCUCACUAGAAAGGAACAAGCCGCAUAUGAUUCCUUGCGGUGGCAGUCGCGGGAUAAAGGUGAUCAGGAUUUAUCUGCAGAGUCUCUAUUCACUGAUGCUCUCCAUGGAAUGAUGGGCUACGGAUCGCCCCAUUUGAGGGUAUCGCCAUUAACAGGAAGACUUCUAUUGCGUUCACCCCAGCAUCAGAUGAGCAUAAGUGAGUCCUAUCUGCUGUUGACCGUCGGCCACUUGGGAUACUGUUAUCGGGAGCUGAACGAACAUCUAGUAAUGCUUGCCGAACAGGGUGAAACUGCUGUUGCCCUUAGAAAAUGUCUACAAAAGUAUCUUCUUAAUUUCCACCAAUUUUAUGAUGCACAGAAAAGGAAUCCCUGCUCACUGCUUGCCUUGUAUCGCAGAACUCUACAUUUUCAGCAGCAAUUUGAGUGGUUACUAGAGGUGUUUAACAAUGUUCAGAAAGCAAAGUCUAUUGUGGUCUCCCUUUAUGAGGAAUCAAGCCGAAGAAUCGGAUUUCAAAGAAACUUACUUCUCAAAUGGUUAAGAGUUAUAAUUCAACCAUUUAUAUUUGAUCUCCACCAAUGGCUUUUGAAUGGCCGACUGCCCUCUAAUAAUCUCGAUAGGUUCCUUAUAGAACAAACUAAAUCUUUAAAAAUAGAUGAAUUUUGGGAAAAACGUUACCGGAUCACAGAGUUUUUCUGUGGUAUUUUUGACCUUCAGUUAAGUGAAAUUCUGAUAAGUGUCGGCAAAACUUUGGAAUAUGCAGAUAAGUAUUUGGCCAUUAACGUUGAAACUUGUCUGCCUAGAAAAGAGCUUCGUAGCAUGUUGUUCGAGACAUUCGAUCAGUUCUUUCGGCAUGGCGAUCAGGAACCACUCCACAAUUUUGUUAGAAAACUGCACUUGGAAGUAUCCAGCAAGGUCCUAAAACAUCUUCGGAUGAUUAAGACCAAUCCGAAGCACCUGUUUUCUGAGCUCCAUAAGUACAUAAUGCUUACGGAUCUUAAGUUUACCAAUGAGUUCCUCAAUACGUUCGCGCCCAUCCUUGGUGAUACCGAGAGUUCCUUCAAUAUACGACUUUUUAACAAAAUGAAAGAUAAAAUGUUGCACAAACCAGUUCCGGACAUCUAUAUAGAUAAAUGCCAGUCCGAGGGAUCCAGGUGUUGGUCAAUGCUUAUACUCCGAUGGAAGAUGCCGGUCCAUUGGAAAGCUUUACUCGGCGGGGAAUCCAAGGAGUACGAGGCUAUAUUCACCGCCAUGUGGAGAUUCCAUUAUGUUUACUAUGUGCUCUGUGAAAGAGUACAUAGGCAACAGAAGCAGUUUCGCAAUCGUAUUGAAUUUAAAUGCUUUGAAGACCUUUAUGACACAUUCAAAUGUUUCUCCAAGUUGAUAAACGCCUGCAUGCGCCUGAUGAAUGUUCUAAGGGAGUAUUUCUUGGACUAUUUAUUGGAGCCAGCAUUCGCGAGACUUUUGUUGGCCUGCAAGCACGCAAAUACCGUCGAUCAAUUACUGGACGCCAAUAGACAAUAUUUGAGGACCAUCAUGUUGGGGUGCCUGCAAACAAAACAUCUACGAAAACCCCAUCAAUAUCUGGAGCGACUUUAUGAUCUCAUACUUAGACUUGAUGAUAAGCAGCAAAAGUUUUUAAAACUGAGUCAAAUUUCAGUGGACUAUGUGAAUAAAGUUCGCGUGAAGAAACCACAAAUUAUAGUUUCCAACUAUUACAGGGAACAAAUGUUGCAGUUUCGUUGGACCUGUCAAAAUUACUCGGAUGUGAUAAAUGAGAUGAGAGAUCAAUUUGAUUCCGCAAUGAUUAGCUUUUUAUUGAGUCUUCACUUAGCUGACGAGGACUCAUUAAGGAGGCUAGCCAAAAGGUUGGACCCCGAGUGCUAUUAUAUGGAGAAGGAUAAUAGAUUGGGUCUAGUGCAACUUUUUGAGUUUAAGAGGAAGGCGAAAGACAAAAAAUCACUUAAAAUUACUUAAAUUAUUCGAUAAUUUUAUAUUUCAUUAUUUCCUAUUUAUAACUGGCUUUUGUAAAAUGUGCAUAUGUGGUCACGUUGGUCACUAAAUUAACUUAAUAAAUCUUUGUAAAUUGUA